GGUCGUUAAGUCAGAGAGCGGAGGAGGAAGGGAAGGCAGAGAGACCAGGGGAGGUCUGACGACAUGAUCCCAGCUCGCCCGGCACCUAUUUUAAAUUGCACAGAUCGAUCAAUGCGAAGCGCACACGGUCCGCCUCUGGCUCUGACUCCACUGGAGAAACACCAAGACUUCUAAUCAACUUGUCACUCAGCAGGAGAUGUGUGCAGCUUUUCCUGCCAGGACCAGAACUUAGAGGGGGGAGUGGGUUGCUUUUGGAAAAAGUAGCAUGCGCGAGUGUUCAGAGCAGUCGCUUUCGAUGCUGGAGGUCCAAUGUGAGGAUGGAUGGCGCAUGUUCCAGGGCUGACGGUGACCUGUGCCGUGGUCUGAUCCGGCUUUAAAGGGGGAACAUCCAACCGAACGUAAAGAAGGAGCAGCUCCGAGAACUUACCCCACCUGCAACUCUUUUUUUGUUUUACCCCCAGCCUGACAUGAUGCUGUGGUGCAACUUCGACCACCACUUGCUCUCUCUGGCAGCACUUCUGGUGAUUGUGAGCUGCGGAGGAGGGGAGCAGAGGAGAGGGACGGAUAGCAGCAGCACCAGCAGCACAGGUGGAGGCAGCGGCAGCAGCAGCAGCAGCAGUAGCAGCGGAAGUGGUAGCAACAAUUACAGCAACAGACGCUUUCAUAAGAUCCAGCAUGGCCAGUGCACCUACACGUUCAUCCUACCUGAGGGGGACGGAGCCAGGGGGGGCUCCUGCAGGGAGGGGAAAGCCGGUAGCGCGCAGCAGAACGCCAACUCUCUCCAGAGGGACGCUCCGCCACCCGAGCCGGAGUUUCCCAGCCAGAAGAUCCAGCAGCUCGAGCACAUUAUGGAGAAUUAUACCCUGUGGCUACAGAAGAUUGAGAACUACAUCAAAGAGAGCAUGAAGACGGAGAUGGCCCAACUGCAGCAGAGCGCCGUCCACAACCACACAGCAGCCAUGUUGGAAAUGGGCACCAACCUUCUUUCUCAGACGGCCGAACAAACACGCAAGCUAACUGAUGUCGAGACGCAGGUUCUGAAUCAGACGUCCAGGCUCGAGAUCCAGCUGCUGGAAAAUUCCCUCUCCACUAACAAGCUGGAGAAAGAGUUAAUGGUCCAGACCAAUGAGAUCAGCAAGCUGCAUGACAAGAACAGCCUCCUGGAGCAGAAGAUGUUAGAAAUGGAGGUGCGGCACCGUGAAGAGCUGGAGACGCUGAAGCAGGAGAAGGGGAGUCUCCAGACCCUGGUGGGGAGUCAGAGCGGGGUCAUCAGAGAACUGGAAGCCCAGCUGAGCCGGGCCACUGGAAACAGCACGGCCCUGCAGAGACAGCAGCAGGAGAUGAUGGACACCGUCCAUAACCUGCUCAACCUCUGCUCCAAAGACGGAGUUGUGCCUAAUAGCACAAAGGUCAUGGACGAAGAGAAGAAGUUCCGCGACUGCGCCGACCUCUACCAGGCCGGCAUCCAUAAGAACGGAGUCUACACCAUCCAGAUCAACCCUCAGGAGACCAAAAAGGUGUAUUGCAACAUGGAAACAGCCGGCGGCGGAUGGACGGUGAUCCAGCGCCGAGAGGACGGCAGCGUGGACUUCCAGAGGACGUGGAAGGAGUACAAGACGGGCUUUGGGAGUGUGACAGCGGAGCACUGGUUGGGGAACGAGUACGUCUACCAGUUGACCAGCCAGCGGCAGUACGCCCUCCGCGUAGAGCUGACGGACUGGGACGGACACCAGGCUUUCUCACUUUACGACCGCUUUCAAAUCGGCAGUGAGAAACAAAACUACAGGCUGUUCCUGAAAAGCCACAGUGGGACCGCAGGCAGACAGAGCAGUCUAGUAAUCCACGGCGCAGACUUCAGCACCAAGGACAUGGACAAUGACAACUGCAUGUGCAAGUGUGCGCUCAUGCUCACGGGCGGUUGGUGGUUUGAUGCCUGUGGUCCGUCCAACCUUAACGGCAUGUACUUCACCCAAGGGCAACACAUAGGGAAGUUGAACGGCAUCAAGUGGCACUACUUCAAGGGCCCCAGCUACUCGCUACGAGCCACCGUCAUGAUGAUCCGCCCCUUGGACUUCUCCUAGUCCUUUGAACUUCCAAACUUUUUAACUUCCAAACGGCUAUGUAGCACAUUAGAGGGACACUUUGUAUUUUAUCCUCUUGUCUCAUCUCAUUUCACAGGCCGUGGGAGUCACCCACUGAAUCUUUUUUUCAGCCUUGUUGUUCCCCAAGAGAAACUGCUGCUGUUGCAACGUGUCCUCCCCACAACGAACCGAAAAGCAGCAAUGGGGAGGAAGACAGUGCAUGGUGUAAUCCACCUGAACUGAUUUCUGUUUGCAAGCAGGAGCUUGACCUUAUUUAAGGACAAAUGUACAAGUGUCUGUCAUGCCUACAAUUUGCAUUUCAGUUGUCAAACCACAGUUUUCUUGGGGACCUGCGUCGUAACAUAUGGAGGACUUGAACUCUUCUGAAUGUAAAGCAGCUACACCAGAGCAGCACUGACUCUUAAACUGCAGGACGGAACUAAUCUUGGUCCGCUCCAAGGAGAUGAAUGAGAAUUGUGGCUUUUUUGUAUUAAAAUGUUGCUCACAGAACCCACAAAUAUUACGAUUGUGUUAUAUAUUGUGUUUUUAGUAUUAUUUUUGUUAUCCCAACUGUAUACAUUAUCCAAAGUGAGAUGUCUUUUGUACUGUACAGUGUAUACUGAAUUUCUUUCUGCAAUAUGUAUAAAACACAUGCUCAGUUUUCAAAACGACCUUGCAAUGCAAGUGUUUGGUAAUAGUUACAGGGGUCACUUAUAUUUGCUGGCAAUUACACACUAGCUGUCCUGACAGAGUGUGAUUAUUUUUAGAGUUCAAGAUGUGAGGUUAUUAGAUUAGAUUCUGGACGGAGAUACAUUUGCUUUUGUUGUUGGCUGAGAAACGACUAACGGCUGCCAAUGUUCAGAUUGUGAGUGAUCGCCUUACCUCUGCUCAACAUGAAAAACAAGGACAUUAAUUCUGUUGCAUAUAAUAGGGGAUACAUAACCAUUACAGCUCGGUACAGCCUGGGGGAAGAAAAUGCACAUUUGCAUACACAAGUAAUGCAUAUUUUAAAAAAAUACACACAGAAAAGGAAGUACAUUACAGAGUGUAAUGAUGAAGUAGUACAUCAUGAUCCUUCCACAUUCACAAAUAUGUACAAGCUUAUAUUAAAUGGACAGUUCACUCCAAAAUCUAAAUACGUAGAUUGCUGCUUAACCCGUAGUGCUGUUGGUGAGUCCCAGAUUUUCAGGGAGAUGUCUGCCUUCUCUCAGAUAAAUUGGUUAUGAUAAUGGCUCAAUACAUUUGUAAAGUAGCAAUGUCUCUUUCCAGAAAUCAUGAUCGAGACUCAAGAUAAUCCACAGAACUAGAGAGCAGUUUCCAGUAGGAACUAUUUUUUUCCUACUGAACUACACUCUCCAGCCAUAUCGCCAUGCAGCGGGAUCCACGCAUCUGUCCCUACCUGAUGUGAGAGGCUGCCUCAUCUGAGAAGCGCAUCCGUCUUUUAUUGACGAUUAAUCUAGAAUCUACUGCAUCUACAUGUGGACAAGAGACUCGUGACAGCGCAAGAUGUAAACAUUAGUGGCUUCCUUCUUUGUGGAGAUGUAACAUUAGCUAGCUUGGUUGGCCAGCUUCCUGCCAGAUCUGAGAAGGGCAAGCUCGAGUAUGUCUGCCAUCUUGGACGGCAACACCACUGGGACAAGCCACAUGCGAAACUGCAGUAAAUACAGAUUUUCUUGUGAAGUAACUCAAUAUCAUGAUUUCAUCUUUGAAUUAUGGUCUAAGAUAGCAGUGUCUGGUUUCCUGUCGUAGCUUAGCAUUUUUCAAUUCAGUUCUUUCUAAGAGGCUUUGAGGAAAAUUAUUUUUUUUAAAAAGCAAUAUUGAAAAAACAUCAAAGUAAAUUUUGUCAAGAUGCUGGCACAGUAACAAUAAAAACAGUUUGAAGAUCAAAAAAGAGGCUAUGCUAACUACAACAGGCAACCACACAUCAAGAUAAUCAUUAGCAAAUGAUCAUAGUCCUGCAGAAACUGGCUUUACUGAAGUUCUGCAAGUGGUUUGUCCCAGGGGAGUUGUUGUACCUAGAUAUCCAAGCUAGCGAACGUACUCAAACGAAGCUACCCUAGCUAACAUUAGCGAUCCUCUCAGGAGAACACCAUUAAUACUCACAUCUCGCGCUGUCACAAACACGUGCCUGUCGUCCAUUUGCAGAUCCAUGGGUUAUGGUUUCUGGAGGAGACAUUGCUGCUGACUCUUACAAAUGUCUUUUUUUGUUGCUUUGAGCACCACAAGCCAAGUCCCAUCAGUUUCCAUUACAUUCAAGAGAAGCCAGACAUCUUAACGGCCAAUAUCUCCAAGACUCAGCAACUCAGGUAAGAGGAAAAAUGUCUGGUUUUGAUUUUGGGUUGAACUGUCCCUUUAGGUUGGUGUCCCACAUGUGCAAAACUCACAAAGCAGAAGGUUGAGGAGGACAUGAUUACACUUCAUGACCGGUCCUGUCAGUAUUAUCAGAUUGUAACCUCUUACAUUAAGACAAAGAGCAGAUUAGUUACAUCCAAAACAUUUUUCACAGACAUCAACAUGACAUGGCCUCAGAAUCCAGCCUGUUCCUGUUUCUCAUCAAUGCAGCUUUGGGGGUUUGGGGGGGAAGCUGGAGCUGGAUAUGAAGCAUGAAAUUAAUGAUUCCACCAAGUGAUCCGUGUGAACAAGUAUUUCAUAACUUCCAGCUUACAACAACAGAAUUGGCUGCAGAGUAUUUAUUAAAGGUACAUGUGGCGAGAAGAUAGAGUGUAUCUGGAACUUGUAAAACUGCAAUUGACAUGUUUAUUAGCAUACUAAAAUUGUACAAUAUAAUAAUGUGUGUGUGCGCGCGGGGCGGCCUUCCUCGAGGAAAGCUCUUCUUUCUCUGUUUUCACUCUGCCAGAAGCACGUUGAUGUUUUGAAGUUGAGCGUAAGACGUGAAAAAGUUAGGAUAAUAACCCUGCAGAAAUGUGCCUUUGAUAACUCUGCUUUUACCUCAUUAAAUUCCAGAUUUGCAGAUUUUA